AUGCCAUUGUACCCGAAUAGAGGUAACAUCCGGAACAGGAGGGAACUGAGAAAAUUGGCCAGGCUACAAAAAAAGGAAAAGAAGCUCCUUUUUUCCAAAAGGAAAAAAAAUGCCCAGAGAAGAAAUAUUCCCACAAUCCAUACCCCUGAUGAAUCGCUCGAGGGAAGGCCAACAAAACAGGACAAAGGAAAUAUCAAGAGAAAAAGAAAUUACAGCGACGGCAACAAUUUAAACUCCCCACCCAAAAAGCAAAAAAAAACAUCCCAUAGUAAAAUUAAGUAUGAUAUAUCUGCCGAGCAAGAAAAGGAUAAUCAGUUACUAUCGUACCUGUCGAAGAAGUUAAAGCUUAACAAGGAUGAUGGGAAAAAUAACGAGGAGAAAAUUUUUAAACAGUUGGAGAAGGACGGGUUUGACUCGAAUUUGCUAAAAUUGACCGACAUAAUAUUUGGCGAAUUUCAGAAAAGUUAUAAAAAAAAAUGUAAAAAAAAGGGUGACAAUGCCCUGCGGGGGGGUGAUGACACGGUGGGAAGGUCCUCUGAGGAAGAGGGGAUUCUAAGUGAAGAUCAAGGUGAUGCACCAAGCGAGGAAGACACAGAGAAAAAAAAGAAGAAAAAGAAGAGGAAGAAGAAGAAAAGUCAAACAGGGGUAGCGCAAAACGGAACGGAAGAAGACUCAGAGGGGGAGGGGGGGAUACCCCCCCUCAGGAGGGCAAAUGAAGGGAAGAAAGCCCCCAAAGCGGAAAAGAAGAAGAAGAAAAAGGCACCCAACUAUCCCGAAGAAGCGAAAAAGAUAGAGAAAUUUCUCAUGAUUUCUCUAAACAAAACGUCCGAGUUUAAUAUAAAAUCCAUUAUUCAAGAUCUGUGCAAAUAUUUUCACGACCUGGACGACGUGAAAUUGAAGGUUAUGUUUAAUGAGGUCCUCACCAAAAUAGCGUGCAACCAUUUUAACAAUGUAAAUGCUACAGAUAUUCACAUAUGCAUAUGCGUGGUGGUAAUUUGUGUGCUGAACAAUUUGGUAUACCAGAAUUUGCUGAAAGAUUUUUUAAAAGCCCUAACCGGGAUUUUUAAACAACUCUACGAGAACAAUCGUAAUUUAAUGAGAAAAGUAGAAAGGGAGAAUGAGCUGAGCAGUAUCGUGGCCCUAAACCAUGACAAUCCCCAAGCUGGAAACGAGAGUACUGCUCAAAAUGGACAAAGUGCGGCGCUAACUGGUCCAAGUGAAGCAAACCAAUAUGGUGUCCCCAAGCAGGGAUGUACAAACAGCGGGAAGCAGAGCAGCCCGCAAAAUAAUUUUCUAGUUACCCAAGAGGAACAGGAGAAAUACCAAAAUUUUAAAAUAAUUCUGAGAAACGUGCUGAAGAGCUUUUGCCUGUUCUAUGCCCUCAGUUACCUCGAUUUCGACUGCAUAACAGAUAUAAUUAACUUGCUGUGUGAAGACAUAAGCAUUAGCAGCGUGGACAAUAUAAUUAUCAUUUUGAAGAUUUGCGGAAUGAAGCUAAAAAGUGAAGAUGGCAGUCACUUGAAUUAUAUAACGGAGUAUUUAAAAAAACAGAUCGACAAUUAUAUCGUGCAGAAUAAUAUUUGCAUCGAAAGAAGCAAAUUACGAUUUCUGAUCAAAGAUAUUGAUGAUUUAAAAAAUGGCACAAUGAAAUUUCACUUUUUAAACAAAUUUGAAUUCCUCUUUAGCGUCUUAAAUGAGUUUGAAAAUAAAUAUAACUUCAAGGGGAAAAUGGUAUCAUUUUCAUUCUUAAAUAUUUUUAAAAGUGCCGAAUGUGCCAACACACAGGGAGGAAAAAAAGGCGCAAAGAGGAGAAAAAGCAGAGAAUACGAAGAAAUGGAAAAAAAGGAUAUGUGUACAAUUGGUACACUAGUCGAGAGCGAUAAUAAGACAGACAACAGGGACAAUAACCCUGUCGGAGAAGAUGAAGCAAAAUCUGUGAAGAACAAAUUCUGUAAGCUAAAUUAUUUAAUGACAGGGGAAGAAGAAUAUUUUAACGAAUCCCACUUUGGUAAACUUUUAAAAAAAUAUAAAAUUCAGGGAAUUUUACCGAAAAAAAUUUUCUUAAUUAUAAAAAAUAGUCUGGACGUAAAUGAGUGUGUGCACAAUUUAUCCUUAAUUUUAAAAAAGAAGAAAAACAUCCCUCAUGUCAUCCAAACAAUUAUUCAAACCCUGUUGUAUGAAAAAAAAUAUAAAGUUGCCUAUGCGAAGAUGUUAAGAAAUAUUUCCAACGUUAAAAGUAGAAUAUUUUUAUUCAGCUUAAAAACAAUUUUUAUAAAUUACUUGAAGAAUAUCAAUAAUUACGAUUUAAAGCAAGUCCUUUUUUUAAGUAAAUUAUUUACCUUUCUGUUUAAAGAGAAGUUGUUGAAUUUUCGCAUUUUCAAAUUUAUCGAAAUGGAUCCACACGAAAUGGGAGGGAAAAAAAAACAGCAACAUUGUAACCUUUUCUUUUUCUUGAAAACCGUUUUCAUUUUAAUUUCGCUCCAUGACAAGUCGGGUGACUUAACCACCAACAGUGAACUGUGGUGUCAUAUAAUGCAGACCACGCAGAGCGGCCACUUGGGAAGCUCCACCAUUUCUGCUUUUAAGGGAAUUCUAAAGAAGUACAUAUUUGACGAGGAAGAUAACAUCAUGCGCGUGUACCCCAACUUUAAGAUAAGAUAUGCUGAGAAGUUUUUCGCCUUUCUGGGGGCGGAAAAGGAAGAACAGUAA